AGUGACGUGGAUGCCUUGCUGUGUGUGUGUAUGUGAGUCGGCACACAUCCACUUUGUUUGAUAUCGGUUCUCUAAAGCUCACUUGAAGAAGCUGCUCCAAACGAGCUCCGUGUGUGUGAACAGUAGAGCUGUGCUGUUGUGUUUUUGUGUAACUAACACUAAAUAAUGUUCAAUAUUCGGAAUUAUUUGAAGUCCCGUGACGUUCUGCGCGUUCCAAACCCCCAGUGGAAGACAAAAGGCGGACCUCCUUCUUGCUAUGCUAACAGAGGUUAGCUUAGCUACGAGCUAAUUACCUGUCAGCAGCCAUUGCCAGAUACUUUGCGACAUAAAGAAGAAUUAAUAGAAUAUAAGAACGACGGGUUAAGUGUCUCCUAAAAUUCUCGAUUACAUUGUUUUUUGUUGUUGUUUUUUUUUACCACCGGGACAUCAUCAUCAUCAUCAUCACCACCUGCGGCUAAUUAGCGUCAUCAACGCCGUGGCCUUCAGGAGCUUCUGUGGAGCCACACGUGGACGCCCCCACCAGGGAAAGGAACCUCCUGGAGAUUUCGGAGGGAGACAAGGACGGUCAGACUGUGAAGAAGUAGGAAGAAAUGAUCAGCAUUGAGGCUGACGUAUGGCUGUGGUAGUUGUGACCCCAAGUUGCAGGAGACAGGAGGACAAUGUGCAGGAUUGUAAAGUAAGCAGCAAGUUGGUGAUCACCUCAGUGGCCCUUCAGGAUCACAUCAGAAGGAACCUUCUAGAGCCCCAGUUCUUGCUUUCUGACCCCCUGCUGAAGUACAGAAGCAGAACACCUUCAAGGCAGAGAGGGAAGCAAAAGGAUGUGCAGAGACCAGAACUUCCAGAGGAGCGAGAAUAUGUACUUGGUCCUCCUCCACCUCCUCCAACGUUGGCUCAGAGGAUGGGCUUGGUGGCCCCGCCUGCGGGCAGGCUGAGCGAGGACCAGUGGACGCGGGUGAAGACCAGGUCACUCCAGCAGCGGGAGUCCGAGCAGCCUUGUUCAAUAUGCAGAGAGGCUUUCUGCCUUCAGCCUCAGGUGCUGCUGUCCUGCUCCCACGUCUUCCACAAAGCAUGUCUGCAGGCCUUCGAGAGGUUCUCCGGGAGGAAGUGCUGCCCGAUGUGCAGGAGGGAGCAGUACGAAACGCGUGUGAUCCACGAUGCUGCGCGCCUCUUUCGCAACCAGUGUGCCACCAGAAUCCAGGCUUUCUGGCGAGGCUACAUUGCACGGAAGUGGUACAGGAAUAUUCGGAGAAACGUCUGCCCAAAAGACAAGCGCCUGCGCCGUAAAUUCUAUGAAGCAAAGCUGCUGGAGCUGAACGAGAGCUUUGUGCGACACCAUCAUACCGACGUGGAGGCUUUUCUUAGCGAUAUCGACCGCUUGCUGUCAUCGAGCCGGCGAGUGUUCCAGCAGCUGGAGAGAAAGUACGUCUCGGAGCCUCAGGAGGACGACUGGGAGCGCAUACGCAGUCAGGUGACCCAGCGGGGCACCGGCGACUGUGCCAUCUGCCUGACGGGGCUGUGCGGGCCCGACAUCAGCCUCUAUCAAGGGAGACGCUCAGUGCUGUUGUCCUGCUCGCACAUUUUCCACCGGCGCUGUUUGGAUGCCUUUGAGGCCUUCGCUGUGGCUGGUAGAGCCACAUGCCCUCUCUGCAGGUCCACUUACUACAAAAAGCUCAUCUGAACCCGGUAGACACAGUUUAUGGACAUCUCACUGAUAACCACUCAUUGUGAUUGUGUUAGCCGAUAGCAGGGGUCGGCAACCCAAAAUGUUGAAAGAGCCAUAUUGGACCAAAAAUUUUAAUAAAAAUCUGUCUGAAGCCAAAAA